AAAGGGUAUUAACACGUGCCUCCUCCCCCUACCCCCCCCAUCCCCAUCCCAGCCAGCACUUCAUCUACCUCAACCGAGUGCAAUAGGGACCUUAAUAAGCAACCACAACGUUGACGUCCAGGACAUUAAAAAUGGAAACUGGAAGUGGAUGUUUUCUGUCUUUCAGUCCUCUGACUCAACAAAUUCGCACAGUGGAAGGUAAGAGGAAGAAUUCAGAUUCGUUGUGUGAGACAGAAGCGUUCCAUCAAGCGACGGUCAGCGUUCUCGUUGCUUAAGUUCGCUAUGUUUGACACGAAAACACAAUAGGGCCAUUUAUACGAGGAAAAAUAAGACGCGUCCUAAACAUGACGCGAACUUUCCGUAUAAACGGCACAUUUCGUCCAAAAUAAGACGCGGCUUAGCUAAGACGCGUCUCAGUAUUAGAUAAGACAUGCUCGUAUAAAUGGUACAGUUCACGUCUUAUUUAAGACGCGUCUUAUGUAAGACUGGUCUUAUUUUUCCUCGUAUAAAUGGCCCUAAUGUGUCAUAGGCUAAAGAUAAAGAAAGGUUUAUUAGAUUAACAUUUCAGGGGUGUUUUCUUGUUUCUUUAUAAUUAUUUCCCUGGCUUUUUAUUUAUAUCACGAUUAUAUCUUUUUCAUUUCAUAUUUCUAUACACUGUUUAUAUUCCCCUUCCUAUUCCGGUUACUAUUCCAUAUUCUCCCUUAACAUUCGUAUAUCUGGACAGGAAUUAAAUUCAGAUUAACUUCAAUUAAAGUAAAUGUUGUCCCUGUUUUUAUAUAGGUUUUUCUUCCCAUUCCGGUUCCUUCUCCGGUUCCAGUUCCUGUUCCUGUUCCUGUUCCUGUUCCUAUUCCCGUUCCUUUUCCGGAUUCCGGAUUCCGGUUUCCCGCUUUUCCAGACGCCCGAAAAAACGGACCGUCUGCAUUUUAAGACCGGUGCCAGCCUUCGGCUGGGCCCCGGUAAUAAUAGCCUGCAUAGCAAGCGUUUCCGUGCGAGUUCGUCGAGAAAGUUGGGACAAGAGCAAAAAAAAAUGCCUCUUUUUUGCUCCUGCUCUAACUUUCCCACAAUAGCUCGAUUGGUAACGCUUGCUUCGCAGGCUAAGAUAAUGAGUGGGUGAGUUAUGGACGAUUGUGAAUAUGUUUCAUUUGUCCUAAUAAGGAAGGUAGAUCAGGAUAGGUGUCUGUGAAAGGAUCUGAAGUAAGCAAUCAGGUAUUUUCUUUCUAAAGCUAUGCUUUGGGAGUUUUCUACACUUAGUGUUGACUCAGUGUUUGCUUUUGCUCGGUCGAUUCUUGAGUUAACGGCACUUCGGAGUUAGGAACAGAACUCAACUUAUGUAGAAACAAGCUCUAACUCAUUGCCCUAACUUAUGACUGGAUCAAAGACUCGACAAAGUCCGACUCGCAAUCAUUAGACUUAAUCAUAGACUACGUUUCUUUCAGUGCAAAAUCAAUGGAAGGAUUAUACGUGAUUAGAUAAGUAAUUACAAGAGGAUAUACGUGGUUUCCUUUCUCGGCUAAGAUUACCAAAUUUUCUUACCCAUUUGCUCCGUUGCGAGCGCUUCGUGAGAGAGCUCCGCUGUAAUAUUUACUUUACACACGAGUGAUACCUUUGAACGUGAUCUAUUCUUUUAAGACUUUUAGAUAUAUACGAUUACCAGACUGCCACUAAACUAAGCAACCGACGCACCAUUACUCUGCGAGUAGAAGUUUCUUUCCUGCAUGGCUUUUAGUUCGUGUGACUUGUCUGUCACGUGGUUGGUUUGUUUACACCCCGUGCAUGGCAAGCCAAACGUACGACUUCGCAAUUGCCAAAAGCCAUUCAAGCCACUCAGUCACUCAAGAUGCACACUUGUUAGAUUCUCACUUUACCGACUCAGAAGCUGCAAUACGUAACUACUCAGAUUGUAGACCAUUGUGAAAAAAAGUUUUGUGUCUGAAGUGUGAUAUAAUGAUAAACAUUCUGUUCAAGUUUGCUGACUGAAAUUAUAUUCACAGAUAUUCGACUUCAUGAUCAUCGUAGCGAUGGUAGAAUGUCUUAAAUUUCAAGAAUGUCAGCACGCAGAUUAUAGUUUUUCGUUGUUUUACGGAUUAUAGCCUUUGAACGGUCGUAAUUCGACUUCAUAUACAUGUAUAUUUUUCGGAUUGGUUUUGUGGGGGGGGUGUUAGUUUUCGUCAACGAAAACUAAGAGGAGCCUUUGUUUUCGAAAUUAAGAAAUCUAAGGCCCCUAAAUUAGAAUUGAAAACGGAUUUCCCGUUCCUUUCGGCAAAUCCAAAUCCGGAUUUUUGAUUAGUCGAAAGGUUCCGCGGUAUUUCCAGUUGAACUAUACAGAGUUUCCUAGUUGCUGUCAUUUGCCCUAUAGGCCUUGAAAAAUGUAAAAAAGAAUGCGAUAUUGUUUAAAUUAUUCUGGCACAAGGUUUUUGUCCACUGAAAAUUGAAAUUACUCAAUGUCAAUGUUUCCGGAUGGAUUCCGUCUUAUGUACUUCUUGGGCACUCAGAAAAAGGCCAAGAUGUAAUGUGAAUAAAUAUCUUUGACCAGUUGAAAAAUACAUUAAUGAUGUUGAUCCCUUUUUCAAAAACUUUUAGGUUAAAGAAGGCAUAACAUGAAACUAGAAAUACAAUGGAAUCUCACGAAUAUAUAACUCGAACCAUUAGAUAACAAACCUUUAUUUAAAGAUUGGCUGCGUUGGCUUUUGCUUGUAGAUAUGCUUUAACUGCGCUGACAGCGAAAUGCCAAAAUGGCAAGUAAAGCGGAAACUUUUUGGAGUAUAGCAAAUUUGGUGAAAUCGGCAAACGGCUUUUAUAAGUGAUCACAAACACGAGAGGAGUGAACCUUACUCGCAUGACAAAGAACUGCGGGAAAUCGCACAAGAAAAAUCGCAAUUUUUGCUGCUACGUGCGAAACCUGGACAUAAGUGGGAUUAGAACCCUUGACCUCUGUGAUACCCGGUGCAGCGCUCUACCAAUUAAGCUGACAAGCCAACUGAAAGCAGCUGGAACCUGCUCCCAGUUGGCACGUUAGCUUAAUUGGUAGAGCGCUGCACUGGUUUCGCAGAGGUCAAGGGUUCGAAUCCCGUACAAGCCUGAAUUAUUUUUUUCAGGCUUUCUUUUCGCAACUCCAAAAGUUGCGUAUAGCUGCGAUGAUCUUCCUUCAUUUAAUUCUUCACUCCGCAGUUCACACAAUUAUAUGAUUUUCAUAUAUUCAUAACUUCAUUACAAAUAUUUUUCUUCAUCUCUUUACCCAUAAUCAUAAGGCCAGCAAGAAUAACAAAUACUAAUGCGACCCUGAUUGAUAAUAUAUUUGUACACAAAAUAGAAGAGAACAAUAAAUGUGGUAUCCUUUUUACCGUGAGAUCUUUCGGAUCACUUACUAGUGUUCGCAGCAAUGGGUAACUUGCUUGCAAAAGCUCAAACGUCAAAAGGGUAACAAAAAACAAAUUUAGGUUAAUUGAUGAUAAAAUGCUAAAUUGCCUCUGCCAAGACUUGGAAUGUGAAGAUUGAAUAUUGAUGGUUAUGGUAAGACGGUUUUAAGAUCACGUUUACACUAAAUAAUAUCAGUUGUUGAACAAAAACGUACCAUUAACGAGACCCAGUAAAAAGAAAAGUGAUAACGGGCAGAGAGUACCUUGGAUAUCAAAAGGAAUCCUAAAUUCAAGGAAAACAAAAAAUGCGUUAUAUAAAAAUUUCUAAAGGAAUCGGAAUGAAAAUAAAGAUUCAAUUCAUAAAACAUUAUCUUUGCCGGUGAUACUAAUUUAUUUUACAGCCACAAAGUUGCUAACAGUUUGUGCAGUACCAUGAACCGAGCAGCCUCAUCAGAUUUUUAAAACUAAGAGAAAGAAGUUGAUGAGACUACCACACUGAAUUAAAAUUACUGGUCGAAUGUUAAAAGUACUACAUUUCUAGGUCCUAAAUAUGAAUUGGAAAACAGAUACAGUUAUGAUACUCGAUCAGCAUUAAAUAUAUUUAUUAUUCCCAGUCAGUAGGAGGACAAAUUACGGAAAAUGUUUGUUGGUUUUGAAACGUAAUUCCUUGUCGUUAAUUCCUCGUUUAAUUGCUCGAACAUGCUAACGGUAGUUAUUAUAAAUCGAUUAUCGCCUGCAUUAAUGGUUUUUAAUUGAUAAGCCAACCGCUACAUUUCCUGUCCUUUUAUGUAAUGUCCGCAUAGGAAAUACGUUAUAAUUUUUGGCACGUUUCGUUAACUAUAAAUUUAGCGUUUUCAUCUUAGUUAGUUUACUUCAACUGGAGACUUCACGGUGUUAACUUCUGCAGAGAUAAAGCUAUAUAACAUUGGUGCGUGUGCAAGCUAAAGUGAGUAUAGUUGUUUUGCAAAUCAAAGUUUCUGUAAUAUACAGUGAAACCUCUAUUAAGCGGACCCCCAAUUAGGGGGCACGUAACGUUAAUUUUCCGAAAAUAUCUGUUCGGAAGACGAUUUGAGAUCUACAAUUUUCGGAACAUUUGUUGUAAAAUGUCAUGCUUGCCUGCCUCUCCUAGGAUUUUCGAACAUCUAAAAUUGAUAUAAUUGCCCAUUUUUGACGGAUUUUUACCCUAAAAGGGUCAGCUAGAAUUUUCGGGGGCCCUUUUUCUAGCUGAAAUUUUCGAAAAGGUAAGUUUUGAUCCCUAUAAUUUUCGGAUCACUGGACUUUCAGCUAAGAAAUCCGAACAGAUGAAAAAUUUUUAGGGGAUAAAAAUAUGCCUAUAUCUACCGUUUAAAUACUAAAAUACGUUUAACAGUUCUAUGUUUAAGUGGUUUUGAACUACAUUCUCGUUGCUUGCCCCUGAUAGCAUAAAAAAACACCAGGGAUGAAAAAUUCGGCCAAUCUUGGCAAGUUUCGAUUCAUGUCCACCAUUGCCAUCUCUUGCAAUAGACGGUGGGAAAUUUAGUUUCAGUGCCUAAAUAUAUCUUGAAACAAAUAACUGGACCAUUUUUUCUUGAAUUCAAUUUAUGCGAAAAACGUUUUUGGUUUUUAAAAAGAUAGCACGUAGUGUGACAUAGCCGAUUUAAAGGCGAAAGAUGCCUAUAUCUAUCAUUUAAAUUCUAAAAUACGUUUAACAAUACUAUGUUUAAGUGGUUUUGAAGUAUAUUCUCGUUAGGUGCCCCUGCCAAUUAAGCGGACACCCUCUAUUAAGCGAACACUAAGCCGGGUCCCGAAAGUAACGUCUGAUACUUCUCUUUGUAACGAGUCCCUAUUCAGCUAACACCUCUAUUAAGGGCGCGGACACCGGACUAAAUUGACAAUAGUAGUAUUGGGUUACGUCCUUGAAAUACGUACUGUAGUCGAUUUUAAAAUAGAUACAUCCAUUUAAUAAAUGCAUUUAGCUGUCAAUAAACUGUAGAUUAGACGAUAUCCGGUCGGAUGAUUGUCAUCCGUGAUCAAAGUUCACCGAAAAGUCUUGCACAAAGUAUAGUACAGCUGUUCACAAUCAAAACCUUCCUUAACAGCAUGAAACGUUAUCACUGAGUUGAAUGUUAACCGUUAACAAACGUUGCGCAAUUUUUGCAAACCUCUAUUUAGCUAAAAUCAGUGACUUUUGUCAAACAUUUAAUUCAUUUAUUAUUUCAUUCCUUAUAAACGCCCUAAAUCCCCUCACCCCCCGAAUCAAUGUUGUCUGAAGUAGUAAAAGAAAGACUUGAGGGUCCAAAAUACAACAUUGAUUUUGGGAGGAAGGGGUUGGGGUAGACAGGGGAAGGGGAUAGGUAUGUCCACUAUGCAAAAAGGGCUAUAAUACGGAAGUGUCUCAACACUUUUGUCCCCAUUGUGGAUUGCAACAGCACAGCCUCUUUGCUCUUCCUCCAUGAACGGAGAAAAGGCCAAACUACUUCUUUUCUUUACUUGCGCCAUUUUUCGCGCGGUCUUUGACUCUAAGUUCCUCGUUCUUUGCUCCUAAACCGCACAGAAACGCUUGCUACGCAGGCUAAAGCAGAUUUAAUCGUCAGGUCUGUCGUCAAAUGGCGCGAGUUUCGCGGGAAUAAAAAAAAAAAUUGCGACAACUCUGACCUGCUACGCAAGACUUGCGCAGGACUCGCAAUCACGGAAUGCUCUAAACCGGGCAAGAACAGGAAGAAAGAAGCUUCUGUAUGGAUGUAAUUGCUGUACCAUGUCGCCUGCUGUGCUCAUCGAAGCCGUCUUUGAGGCGACGUAUUGUUUCCCCCAAUGUAUUGUAGAUUACAAAGGCGACAUUGAAAAUCAUGUACUAGAUAACACUGAAAGUAGUGCAAGUUAGAUGAGAAUUAAUACGGCAGGUUUCACCGGUGGAAUGAACAUCGCUUUUGAUCGUGCGUUGGCAGUGAUAGUGGCUGAGCGCAGACCGAAUGGCACGUCCCGAGAACAAAGGGUAAUCCGUAGGGUCAAUAGGUAUCUGACAAUAGCUAGGCGCACCGAGGAUCUUUUUUAAAGACAUACCUCCUUUAGCCCUGAUUUUGAGUACGUAUAAGCCUUCUUUAGUCUGUUUUGAUAAUCCCUGGAGAGUUAAAUUGAAGCAUUUCUUUUUUGGAGGCUUAAAGCGAUAAAAUAAAAGCAAGCGAAUGACAUGCACUGUUCUGGUCUCUGGUCUAUGAAUUAUUACAAAUAGUAGCAAGUGUCUUUAUAGACAUCUAGAAAGGUUGUCUCUCCACAUUCAACGCUUCGCAAACAGAGGUAAGUAAACUUCUCUGCAAAGAUAGGUGGAAAUUAGUCGUCUAUAGUUUGGGUACCACUGCAGGGACGAGGCCUCGUAUAAAUAAUAAUUAUUGAUAAAGAAGUGAUUCGGAGACGUUAAUCUACAAAUGAAAACUGUUUCUUUCUUCGACCUCUCACAUCUUGGCAUUUUUAAGGUAAUUGGUAAAUAUCAUUGCAUUGUUUGAUAUUUCCGUGUCUAUCUACUGCAGCUUGGAUCCGCCAUGUCCAUCACGUUGUACGAUGAACAGUCAAACCCGAGCAAGUUUGCAGGGUCAAAACCGAAUCUAAAGGAACUAGGUAAUUACAAAACAGCCACUGUUACAGCAGGAAUCUGGAUCUUCUACACUGACAUAAACUACAAUAAAGAAGGAAAUAAAGAGGGCAAGAAUCAGACUUUCAAAUUCGUACAAGGUCUUCGUCUUGAUCCCGUUCAAAUAGAUUCAGUUAAUGGCUCCAUGUUCUUGGUAGACGAAGGACUCAUUUUGUUUGAACACUUUGGCUUUGGUGGAGACAGGAAGGUACUACGAAUAUAA